CAUCUCUACUUUUAAACAAACAACUCUGUUAAAAAAACAAAAUACACGAUGAGAUGAAAUUAUUAUUUAUAAACAUUUAUUUCAAGUUUUUUGUUUGUUACGGUUUGUUGAGUAUUUGUUAUACUGAAUUGUAUUUAAAAAAUUUGAUUAUUCUUUUAGUAGCUUUCAUGAGUGUUGAGGGACUGUUUAUUCACGGCAAUGUUAUACAUUGUACUUUAUAGUAUAGGGGCUUAUUUAAUAUUUAAUCUGGUCUUCAAAAUUUACGUGAAGUUAAAUACUAUGUCGUGUAAGAAUAAGGUGUGUCUUGUAGGGAAAACUGUUAUAGUCACAGGAGCCAACACAGGUAUAGGAUUUGAAACAGCUUUAGAUUGUGCUAAACGGGGGGCAAGAGUAAUUUUAGCAUGUAGGGAUCAUCUUAAAGGAACUGUAGCUGUCCAAAAUAUUCAAACUUUAACGAAAAACCAGAACGUAGUUCUAAAAAUUUUAGAUUUAGCUUCGUUAUCAUCCGUUAAAAACUUUGCCAAUGAUAUUCUACGAACAGAGGAAAAACUGGAUAUAUUAAUAAAUAAUGCGGGGGCCUUAUUGCUUGGUGAUCAAUUGACUGAAGAUGGUCUUCAGUUUGAGAUGCAAAUUAAUUACUUUGGACCAGUUUUAUUAACACUUAUGUUAGUUAAUUUACUAAAAAAAUCCGCACCCAGUAGAAUAAUUAACGUUUCUUCAGUAGUAGCUAAGUAUGCUAAACUCGAUGUAAAAAAUCUUAAUGGAAAGCCAAGCUAUCCUAUUACUAAAUUGUGCAACAUAUUGUUCACUCAAGAGUUGGCCAAGAAAUUAAAUGAGUUUAACAUUAGUGUGUUUGCGCUUCAUCCAGGCAUGAUAGCUACUGACAUAAUGACUAGACAUCUAUGGCCUAUUGUGAACUCAUGUGUCAUUCCUUUAUCAAGAGUUGUGAUAAAAACUCCUGAAGAAGGUGCCCAAACAACAAUCUACGCUGCUACCGAACCAGGUAUAGAACACUUAACGGGAGGAUUUUUCUCAGAGUGCCGUUAUCAGAAACAUUAUAAAACUGCUAGAGAUCCACAGUUAGCACAACAGCUUUGGGAUGAAACUAUGAAAUUAUUAAAUUAUAACGACUGAUCAAAAUGAUAUGAUAUGAAAAUAAAGUUUUAUAAAUUUUUAUAA